AUGCCAUCCCUCAAAGCCCUCCUCCUCCCAACAAUUCUUUCUGUCGCCGCAAACCCCCUCCUUUACCGCUACCACAACGACGAGCGAUUAACGGAAUGCCCAUCUACUUCCACAAAAACUGCAACGUCAUUCGAUGAUGAAUGGGGCCGGGCAGACUAUUGCUUCAAAAAGAUUCCUUUCACAGCCAUUGAGUAUUCGAGUCAGGUCUCUUUGGCAUCGGCGCAGGCUGUCGCAACCAACAAAGAACCUUUGACCAAUGUUGCGACUUCUACGAGCACAAGCUCAGGCUCGAGCUCCACUACGGCAUCGGCAUCUGUGACUCCGACUACGAACGCGGCUAUGUCGCUCGAUACGGCUAAGGGGGUGGUGGUAGGUGGUGCCGGAGUAUUUGCGGCUCUUUUUGCUUUAUGA